AUGCUGGGCUUCCUGUCACGUGGUCCUCCAGUGAGGCUGUGCGUGGGCCUGGUGUGUGUCUUGUCCCUUUGGAACACAGUGUCUGGUAUCAAAGGAGAAGCCAAGAAAGAGAAGGGAAUGACCUUUUUACCUACAACAGUGUCUGGCCUUAGAGGAGAAGAGAGGAAGGAGAAGGGGGUGGCGUUUCUUGCUACAACAGAGCUGCCUGCAAGGUCAAUCGAUCUUUCCGCACUUAAUCUGACGGAGCUUGUGAAUGGGAUGUUGAGUAGAGCAUUAAAAGAUAGCAAGAAGUUCUUCUCCUUGCUGAGUGUCACUUCCUACAGUUCCUUCGCCUUCCACAAGUUUUCUGUAGCUGUUUACAACAUUUCUAACCUGAAGACGGUGGAUCCCGCCAAAUUCCCCACAAGGUAUUGCUACUGUUUAAACAAUCGGACCAAUGAUUUAUCAGAUUUUACAGCUCUACUGGUAGAUAUCAUUGGAAAUUCCACCAGCUACCUCACAGAGAUUUUUAAGUCAACCUCCAUCCUCUCAGUGAGUCAAAGCAAUGUAUCAGAUUGCAUCUUCAUCUGUGUGAUGACAGGAAAGCCAGGAAGGAAUCUUUCUGACUUCUGGGAGAUGGAGGAAAAAUACCCCAUUAUCAAUUACACAUUUACCAGCGGCAUGUCUGGUGUGCUGGGUACAGCUACCAGGGGAACUGCCAGGACUUCAAAGCCCACAACCAAAAGCCAGAAAACACUGCCAAGUACAAGCCCCCGACGCUGGGCCCAGAGCACACCCUGGGCAUCUGCUCUGAGGACAUCUCCCUGGAUAAAGACAGCUGCUCCUUCAGAAAGAGGGGAGACCCUGAGCACAGACAGGCCUCCUGAGCUUCCUGCCAGGGCCACGGCCACUUGGGUCAGUGCCUCCCAUACUCUCCCAGCCUUGGCUACCAGGAGGGUGGCCAGAACUCAGUGGGUGACCGUUGACAGACAGACAUGGGCUUCCAUAUCGUCCGUGCCCUGGGCUCAGAUCAUCGGUGAGAAAAAACCUGGAGGGUCUCCCUGGGAAACUCGUUCUCCCCCACCGACUACUGCAGGGGCCGAGGAAGUCAUGUACACUAUGAGCCUUUUGGCGCCUCCUGCUGGGAUAAUGGCCACAACUGGCAGCCCAUCCCAGGACAGCCCUACCUCAGGAGCAUUCACCCAUGGCACACAGACUCCAAAUCCAACCAAGGCAACAGCCCCCAGAGAUCCACAAACAGGUGAUCUCUCUGCAGAGUGGACAUUCACCCCUGGGGAAGAGCCAGUCCUGGUCCCAAGACCCCAUCAAGUUUCAAGGUGUCCUCAGCCGCUCUUCAAGGUGGGAGCCAUGGCUGCCGCUCCUCUCACCCUGGCUAUUCAGAGGCUCAAUCCAUGCCUGAUGGAGCUGUGCCACUUCUUCCAGCAAUGCUUCUGCAUGGGCCAGAGGAGUCCCAGGACAGAGGACAUGAGAUACUGUCUUGAAAACUAUUCCUGGUUUCUGAAGAAUGCAACAUAUAUCUGUCAGAGGGUGAAAAGGGUGUCCCACUCGCACACCUUAAAGCAAAAAUGCCUUGAGAAUAUCUGCAAGUCUGUGUGA